AUGCAACUCAAACUGAACCUCAUCUACCUCCUAACCUUGACCCUCGCCUCCCUCUCCGCCGCCUCUCCCGCCGCAGAAACCGGCGCAGCAGCAGCAGCAGCAGGUACAGAUUCCGGCGCACAACCCCCAGCGCCGACCUCUACUGGCAGUAGCAGCAGCGACAGCAGCAGCAGUCCCUACCAACAAUGCGCGAAGAAUAUCCUCGACGCAUGCCUCUCCCAAAUGAAACCCCAAAUGGACAAAUGUUCCCAGAAUGACUGGUCAUGUCUGUGUACGCAGAGCAAGAAUAUGCUUACAUGCUACAACGACUGCCCCUCUGACCCAAAUCAUACCUCGGCCGAUCAACAGAAAAUGGAGUAUUGUAAUGCGGCGGAGGCGAAUUCGCUGUAUUCGACUUCUACCAGGGUUACUUCUUCCAGGACUGCCGUUUAG